CCGGAAAGCCCAUGGCGGCGGAGGCUCGCCGGCGCGCGUCAAGACGUGGAGCGGGAUGACCGGACGACGGGGUGGCGAAAGACUGCGUGCGAACUCACUGUUCGGCGGCGGCGGCGGCGACGGGUUCCGGGCGGUGAGGAGGCUGGUGAAGCUCAACUCCGCCGUCCAGAACAGGAGCGUCAGGGAGCUGCUGGAGCUCGCCGGCGAGGAGUGCAUGUUUCUCUUCAGUAAAAUCUCCUCCAUUGAUGUUUCGCAGAUGGGCAAGAACGUGUUUCUGCUACUCCACGCAAUGAUGCUUAAGCACCACGUAUCGUUCGUGCUCAAGCCGACUGAGAACGAAGGCUUCGACUUGGGCAUCAAAUGGUCGCUAGAAUGGAAGGGCAAGAAGCUGCCUUGGGACCUAGACUGCAACAUCUCCACGAAUCACGUCUACAGGGGCAUGCUGCUUAUUAACGAAGUGAACAAGGUUUAUGUGCCACUACUUCAGAGGAUUCUUCAGACAAUUCACCAGAAUAUGGAUAUGGUAAUUUUGACCUUGGCUAACAAGUUUCUGCCAGAAGGCACGCUUGAUGAGAGGGACAGAAGGACAAUAGUCGCAUGUGCCAUCAUUGGUCUGGUGGUCAUGUUAGUGUUCUACAAUAUGUUCAAGAACUUGUAGCUUUAUUGGGCCAGAAAGAUCACAACUUCACAAUCAUGGUCUACCUUGCACAGCUACCAGAACAUGCUGUAAAUGAGCAACACAUGAUGCAGAACUGGUGACAAGUGACAACAGAGAAACAAGUCACCAUAGCACUAUGCAAAAA